GCGGGGCCCGCGCAUGCGCAGGGGGCGGCGGCGGGUGCUGCGGAGCCGGGGCUGCCGGGGCUGCGGGCGCCAUGUCGGGCCGCUCGGUGCGCGCCGAGACCCGCAGCCGCGCCAAGGAUGACAUCAAAAAAGUGAUGGCGGCCAUCGAGCGCGUCCGCAGAUGGGAGAAGAAGUGGGUGACGGUGGGCGACACCUCGCUGCGCAUCUUCAAGUGGGUGCCGGUGGCCGACAGCAAGGAGAAAGAGAAAUCCAAGUCCGGCGGCAGCGCUGCCCGAGAGCCCAACGGCUUCCCGGCUGACACCUCCGCCAACUCCUCGCUGCUCCUGGAGUUUCAAGGUGCUGUUUCUGCAGAUGAGAACAGUAACCAGAGCUCCCUGUCGGAUGUCUACCAGCUCAAGGUGGACAGCAGCCCCAACUCCAGCCCCAGUCCCCAGCAGAGUGAGUCCAUGAGUCCUGCCCACACAUCUGACUUCCGCACGGAUGACUCGCAGCCACCCACGCUGGGGCAGGAGACUCUGGAAGAGCCAUCCCUGCCUUCCUCGGAAGUUGCAGAUGAGCCUCCCACUCUCACAAAGGAAGAACCGGUCCCCCUUGAGACUCAGGUAACUGAAGAGGAGGAGGACUCUGGUGCGCCGCCUCUGAAGAGAUUUUGUGCCGAUCAGAACUCUGUGUGCCACACGGCCUCGGAGAGCUAGCCUGCCCGUCCCCGGGGAGAGCCUUCGCCAGCCCCUCGCAGAGCCGCCUGCCCUCCCCUGGGGGCCGGGGUGCUUCCCCCCAGCCUGCCCUUCCUGAGGGACAGGGCCCUCCUGCCACCUCGCUCUCCAGCCUGCCCUGCCCUCUGGGGCAGGAGCCUCCUGCCAGCCCCUGCAGAGGCAGCCUGCAAACGAUUCCCCCGGCCAGCUGGGGCUGCCACCAGUACCUACAAAUUUGCCUCUAUUUAUUGGCUCCCGCUCUCCCUGCUGACCUGUACUAUAGCGGCGUGGGGUCUCUGCUGGGUGGUCUGCAUGUACAGAGGGAGGGAUCCUUGGGGCUCCCCAGUGUCCAUCGCCCCUACGGCGCUGGCAGAUGCUGUUUGCCUGUUUCUGGGUCUCGUGUCUGCCCUCCACACCAGCCGCUGCGUGCUGGGAACCAAAGAGCUGUGUUCCACCUGCACGAAGCGAUUUGUCUGCUCCCUUGUGACCGUAGGCUGGGGCGUUCCUGCCGUAGGUGUAAAGUGCAAUGGAGGGUGGGGGGAGAGCACCCUGGGAAUAGAGACCGCAGCCCUUCAUGCUGCUGGGCAGGGAUCCCACGCUGGGACGCUGUGCAAUAAGCUACUAGUUUAAGCCAUUCGUAUCGGAAGAGAGAGGAGCGCUACCACUGUGGAGGGCAGGUACUGAACGCAUCGGUGCAGCCUGCCUCUGCUCUGCCGCCGGGCCCUCACAGAGCCCCUGCUGCCCUCUGCAGAGGCUGGGCGGGGGCUGGAGCGCAGAGAGGCUGGCAGGGGAGAGGGGCAGCCAGCGUGGCCAUGUCCCGGCUGGGUCUGCACCCCGCUCCCCUCCUGCUGCCCUGCACCUUGUGGCUGGCAGAGCAGGGGGAGCUGCCCCCGAGGUACACCCUGUCCGGGCAAGAUGUAGGAACCCCCAGGGAGCCCUCCCAUGCCCAUGUCCCUAAGCUCCCCGCACCAGCACCCUGGCCCACAGCACCGCGCCGGGCCUCCCCGCCGCCACUGCAUGUCCUGCCGAGUCUGUCUGUGAUCGAGCCUGGCGAAGCCGAAGGCGCGGCCGCGCGUGGAAGUGAAAAGAUAUUUUAGCACUGAAUAGAAUAUUUUUAAAAUUAAACUAUUUGAAAUAACA